AAACACAAGAAAAAAUCUAAGACACUUUACCAAUUUCCAAUAUGAAUAUCAUACUGAAUGCAAAAUGAGGUCCCAAGAAUUCAUGGACUGUGGGAAAUUAACAUGCAUUCUGGAAAACUGCGGUUUGCCAACGCUCCAAUGCUAACGUCAGCAACAGGACAGUGCAAGAGCUUGCACAGAGCUCUGCUAGGAACAUCACUUUAACACUGAUUCGCUGAACGAUUUGACACGACGAUGCUUUGUUUGCUGAUGGUGUAGUUUGACACGACGAAAAGAAUUUGAUUGCUGUACCACGUAUCGCAACUCUCUUUCGAAUCAUUCUCAAAAAUUGGUUUAAGGUUCGACUGGAUAACUGAGCACUAAUGCAUCAGGAGCAUUACCCGUUUAACGCGUCUGCUUGACCCGAAUUUGACGGUCCGUCUCCAGUUAUUAGGAAAUUUCUCAUCGAAUACGUCAGUAGCUAUUAGAUUCAGCGCGUUCGGCUGCGCGAGUGUAAGCACCCAGAAUAAACCGCACGCACCUAACGACUUCUGCAAAACCUAACCCCAACGUAGGGCCCGAUCCUAACUAGCCAAACCAACGCUGCUUCCGGUCGGUCGUCUAUUUUUCAAUGUCCACGCGCACCAGCAAAAAAAAGAAAAGCGAAGUGAAUAAUUAAUGCAAGCUAUUGAUGAUAAACUGCUGAUUAAAAUAACAUAUUUAUGCCAUUCUCGCUCCCUGCUCUGCCAGGAUUGGAGAAGAAAGAAGACGUCCACCAGACCAGAGCGAGCUGUCACUUUGAUUCGUGCGCAUCGACGGUGAGACGCGAGAUCCACGCGGCCCGUUCUAGCGCUGGAUGGCACCAAAAGAUGCUAAUGAGUGCCAUCCGAGACUCGCUAGCCGGCCAGCCAAGGAUGUCCGAGGAAUCGCGCGUGGCCUCGAACGAUUGCAUGCAUGCGAGAUGAUGUUAAUGAACCGUUUGGGUCACUCGGCCCCAGGACGCAGCCAGGACGAGGGCGAAGGCGCGGGCCAAUGGACGGCAGGUCUAGUCUGGGACGCCCUCGCACACCGAGGCGGUGCCAGGCAAAAAAGGGACGUUCCCAAGGCACUAUAAAAAGCUUCGGCCGGGUCGGUCAAGGCAUCCAGACACAGCCUGCAAACCGCCUCGAGCAGUACGAUUCCGGCAUCCCGGGACCGCUCCUUAGUGUAAUUAGUGUGUAGAUAGGAAGUGGGCCGUUUUCACCAUCACCAUCAACCUGAAUGUAUCAGUAACCUUUCGCCAGGAUCGUACCUGUGUGCCUGCGUUCGUUUUACCGUGUGCGCGUCCUUGGAGCCAGUUGCUUGUCCACGGUCCUGCUGUGAUUAAGUGUUCUUUUGAGUGUCUCUGUGUGUAGUAAGAUAGUUCUAACAAAAAUUGCAAUGUCGUUCGGAAACGUUCUGCUGCUAACCGCACUGCUCGUGGGAUAUUCCUACUGGAGCUUAGCCCAACCAACGAACCUGAUCGAGAUCCGGUGCAAGAUGCAGCGCGACGAAGACAUCAGCACGUGUAAAUACGGCUUCUACAUGACCACCUGCAAAACGUUUGCCUGUUGGAAGGGCCCGAACGAACCGUGCGGCGGCGAGCUGAGCAACAACAUGCUGUACGGCAAGUGCAAGUCCGGGCUGCGGUGCUGCAACGGCCGGUGCACCGGCUGCCUGAACGGGGUGUGCAGCGACUCCUGCCACCCGUCCAAGCUGCACAGCUUCCAGCAUCGCUCCGAUCCGUACAUGGUGGAGGAGCGCCACCUGAGCCCGCUCUACCGGUUCUUCGACUACUACAGCAACGAGUAAGGCGGCUGCAGUCACACUCCGCCGAUCAACCCGAUCACCACAGUCACACAGUCACCCGCACUACCCCGAUACUUACGCCGAUCGAGCAAAAGAAGAAGAAGAAGAAGAAGAAGAAGAAGAAGAAGAAAAAAAGAUAAAUAAACGCUUCGCAACACAACGUGUCGCAAUGGUAGCCACUUCAAACGAUGCCAGUGAGCUUUGCCAUUCCGCGCAACGAUCUCCGCUCUCCUGUCCGCUGUCCGGAGAUCCUGGGAACAUUCCACCAUCCGCAGCCCCUCUAGACAGUUUGCUUCUACUUAGAUAAGAACACGUAUAGCCCUUCAAUAAAGCAGAAAAAAAAGUAAUGUAACAUCUA